AUCAAUUGAAAAUUAAAAUCACAGUCCAUUCAAGAAGAUGUAACCGAAAGAAAGGGCCCACUUGAGGUCCAGCCUGUAGUUAGGUGGUGGCCCACUGCUUAUUAAGCCCAGUGGGCUAUCGAGAGCCCAUGCCAAACCUCUCGUCGUCUCCAAUCUCCCUCGCCGCCCACCAGCUCCCCCCUUCCCUUCCCCCUUUCCCUAGGGUUUCCGUUUCUGUUGAAACGCUAGUUCCAUCGCGAUUGUCCCCUUCUUCGGGUGAGAAAAGAAAGAGGAAAAUUCCUAAACAAUCCGAUAAAUCAUAGGUGGAAAAACAUUUAUUCAUCCAUGUCAGUCGAUCUUCUUCCUUGUAAAACCCUAGGGCUCGCUGGAGAUUAUCGGAGGCCUCUCGUGCUUUUCUUUCUGGAUUCAAGAUUUUCCUGUGAUGGAUUUCAAGUAGAGAUUUUGGGCUUCAGAUCCCCGUCUUCAUGGCAGGAAUUUCUCGGAUUUGGGGAAUUACAGUGAUCACUACUGGGCUUUGUUCUAGCAACGCCAUUCAUAAUGGUAGGAGCCAGUGAUACGGAGCCAAUAACUACGGAAGCACAACCGGCUUCAAAGCGCAGGCGAAAGAAGUCAUUAGUCUGGGAGCAUUUUACUAUUGAGGCUGUGGCUGGUGGUUGUACUCGGGCUUGUUGCAAAUUGUGCAAGCAAACCUUCGCCUAUAGUAGUGGUACAAAGAUAGCAGGUACCAGCCAUCUGAAAAGGCACAUUGCGUUGGGUUCCUGUCCAAAAAUAAAAAAUCAAGACAAGAAGCAACUUAUGCUCCCUGGUACACAAACUGAUGGGAAUGCAACUGAUCCACCCAAAAGGCGUUACAGACGUUCCAGCUGGAAUAGUGCACUGUUUGAACAGGACAGUAGCUGUGUCAAUCUGGCAAAGAUGAUAAUUUUGCAUGAGUAUCCACUUCACAUAGUUGAACACCAUGGUUUCGUAUCUUUUGCUCAAAGCCUUCAGCCUCGGUUCAGGAUGGCAAGCGUCAAUGAUAUUGAAGGCGAAAUCUUGUCAGUUUAUCAGAAGGAAAAGCAAAGCCUCAUGCAGAUAUUAGGGAACCUGCCAGGAAGAUUCAGCCUCACCAUUAGCCUUUGGACUACCAGUCAGACACUUGGAUAUGUAUGUUUAUCCGGACAGUUUAUUGAUGGUGAGUGGAGGUUGCACAGAAGAAUGCUCAACUUCAUGAUGGUGUCUUCUCCGCAUUCUGAGAAUGCUCUUAGUGAGGCCAUUGGGAUAUGUCUUUCAGAUUGGAAUAUGCAGACCAAAUUAUUUACUAUCACUCUGGAUAACAACUGCUCUUCGCAUGACAUUUACAGCGCAAAUCUCAGAGACCAUCUGACCAACAAGAACUCACUGAUGCUCAAGGGUCAGCUAUUUGUUGUUCGCUGCUAUGCCCAUAUACUGAAUGUUGUUGCUCAAGAUGUGAUGGCUUCGAUUCAUGGGAUCAUCUACAACAUCCGUGAAAGUGUGAAGUUUAUUAAGGCUUCACCUGCACGCGAAGAAAAAUUUGCUGAGAUUGCUCUGCAGCUUGAAAUCUUCAGCACAAAUAACCUGUGUCUUGAUGUUGCCACCCAGUGGAACACCACAUACCUCAUGCUUGUGGCUGCAUUGGAUUACAAACAAGCCUUUGCUUGUUUGGAAACAUGUGAUGAUAGUUACAAUGAGGCACCGUCAGCUGAGGACUGGAAGAAAGUGGACAUUGUUUGCUCAUUCCUUAAGCUCCUCUAUGACUCUGCAAAUGUUAUUAUGUUGGCAGCGGAUCCAACCGCAAACAUUUUCUUCCAGGAAGCAUGGAAGAUUCAAGUAGAGCUGAUCAAUGCCACAAGAAAUGAGGAUGCUACGGUGAGUGGCAUUGCCAAGGAGAUGCACGAAAAGUUUGACAAAUAUUGGAAAGAUUGCAGCCUCAUCUUGGCGAUUGCAGUAGUGAUGGAUCCUCGGUUUAAAUUAAAACUGGUGGAGUUUAGUUUCUCCAAAAUAUACGGUGAAGAUGCUGCUAGGUAUGUCAAGUUGGUCAAUGAUGCCAUACAUGAGCUCUACCUUGAAUACGUCGCCCAGCCACUUCCCUUGACCCCAGCUUAUGUAGAACAAGAAGGUGACACCAACGUCACCAAUGGCAAUAAUGACAACAACCAAUCAACAAUCACGGUUUCUGCAGGAGAUGGACUACUUGAUUUCGAUAUUUUUAUAUCUGAAACUGCAGUUACUCAGCAUACCAAGUCUGAACUUGAUCAAUAUCUAGAGGAGGCCCUUGUCCCACGAAUCCAAGAGUUUGACAUCUUGAACUGGUGGAAGCUGAACAAUCUCAAGUAUCCGACAUUGUCCAGGAUGGCACGGGAUGUCUUAGCUAUACCAGUGUCCAUGGUCAGUCAAGGCUCCUCAAUAUUUGCAGCAGGGACCGGAAGCUGUAUGCUUGAUGAGUACCGGAGUUCAUUACGCCCAGACAUUGUGGAGGCUCUUUUCUGUGCAAAAGAUUGGCUGCAGUUUGCGCCACCUGUAGCAGAACCAUCAUCAACGGCCAUUGUCAAGAUGGAAUUUUAAGUGAAGCAUUAAAUAUUAGAGUUAGUUGCGCAGUGACUUGUUAAAUUCUUAAAUAAGUUCCGGAAAUCCUACUCAUCUGGACUCAAUUUGCUCGGUAGGACAUGUUGUCUUAGAGUUAUUUUUCAGUUAUUUUAUUUUUCAGUUUAUGGGUCAUAUGUGUCUUUUCUGUAACUUGAAACAUGUUUAAUUGCUUGAUGUGCUUUUACUUGAAUGCGUUGCUUCUUCA